GCUGAUUUUUGAUUAAGAGGAACAUGAUUUAUAAUAACCAAUCACUGCUCUCGGUUUAAUCCAAUGAACAAGAGAUAAAAUAAAUGCUGAACAGUUGCUAAGAUUGUACUGAUCAGCUCUGAAAUAUAAAUAAUCGAUUUGAGAAAGCAAUCAACAAAAAUGUUGCUUUGGGCAACCCUGGCUAUCCUGUUCGUUACAGGGGCCAGUAAGCCUGAAGUUUGUGAAGAACCACCAAAAUGGAGUUACAAUGGGUUAUCAAUGAUGGAUAAUUCGCAAGGAAAUAUCACUUUGAUUGCUCUUUUGACAGCUUCUGAACCAUUUUGUCUACAACAAGCUGAAAGACUGGAAGCUCUAUUCCAAGAUCUUUCUUCCCAAGGUCUAACCAACAUAACAUUUCUCAUAAUAAAUCAAAAGUCUCUAUUAGCAGAUUUAAUGGUUGAUGAUUUAGAAAAUAAAGUAUCAUUUCCAGUUUAUCAAGACAAUGAUCAUGACAAAAUAUGGAAGAAACUUGAAGGAGGAAACCAAGACAUAUACAUUUAUGAUAAAUGUGGAAGAUUAACAUAUUACAUACCAUUUCCCUUCAGUAUAAUACAUCCAUCACAACCCGUAGUUGAUGCAGCUCUUCGUUCCACAUACUUUGAAGAACUUUGUGGCCAAUCAUGCGAUUCCAUUUUAGAAAGUGGUGAAAUUAUUUCUGAUUAUAACAGAUCAAUAUAUCAAAAUUAUUUAAAAAUCAGUGAGGAUGAACGUAAUACAGUAAUUAUAAAUAGAGAUAAAAUUAAGAAGAAUACAAGUAAUUUAGAUGAUAAUCCUGCAAUAAUAGUAGAAGAUGUUAGUGAUGAGUUCAAUAAUAUUCUAAACAAAACUAAUUUGACCAUAGAAUUUAAUGUAACAGAUUCUAUUAAUACAACACUUGAAAUAGAAAACAUAACAAAUAUUCAUGAUGAAUUUAUUUUAAAUGUCACUACAGAAAUACCAAAAGAAGAAGUAAAUAAAUCUACUGAAUUAAAUGUCACUAGAGUUACUUUCUGUGAGAAAGAAUACCAAGAAACUUGUGAAUUUUGGAGUAAAAGUAAAUUAAAACAUUUUAAAAAAUGUUGCCAAUUCAAAAUGAAUGAUCAUCCAGAUUCACACAACACUUACAAAAGUUUUGAAUGCAGACAUGUUGGGAAAAAAAGAUGCAAGAAAAUGCUGCCGGUAAUAAAAUGUUGUCUUGGCCCCUAUGAUAUUUCACCUGAGCCAGAUAUUCUUAAUACUACUUCAUUAAUUAAAAAUGAGACAAUAACAAAAAGUUCAGAACAUUUAGAUGAGAUUUCUUUCUCAACUACUACAACAGCACCACAACAAAGUUUUCUACAAAAACUUGGCAAGUGAUGUUUGUGGAUGGGCAAAUUGUUUGGCCAUAACAAUUAGCCCAAA